CGAUUACCAAUACAUCAACAUAACCAGACAUAACAUAACCUUAUUUUUUCUUAGAGCUUAGUUGAACUUUUGUAACAUAGUUUUAUUAAUUUGACCAUUAUAACGAAUAAAUUAAGAUAAAAUGGAAGAAGAUACUGUCGCCGAACCUACCUCAAUGCACUCAAAUUUAUACAAAUGUCGAGGGUUAACUCAGGAAAUGUCUCAACAACAAAGACGAAUGGACUUUCUAAAAAAGCAAAAAGAGCGAAGGCAUCAAAUAACCGACGAAAAUCGAAAAAUCUGCGAGCUCUUAUUGAACGACAUGUGUUUCGACGAAGAAACAAUGCAGUGGGACUCCGUCACACCUCGAAGCAAGAGGAAAAAGGUGGUGUUCAAACUGAUGCAUUCCGAAUGGUUUACUGAUAUACCAGAUGACCUGGAAGAAAAUUGGUUGACAAAGUUUGCGCCAGAAGGACUCAGAGUCCUAUUAAUUGCGACUAGAGGUCAUACAAAUUGCUAUAACACUAAAGGACGUUAUUAUUUCAACCUUAAGUCGGGAUUUCCAGGUGGACAUAUAAGAAUGCAUGACUGUUUAUUCUGGAACUCAUUGUCCAUGUUAGACAGCGAGGCACAGUUCAGAUUUUUUUGGCUAAAGGCAAAGUUCGAUGAAAUGCCAGAUCUGGCCCAGCACGGACAUAUCCAGUUUAUAUUGUUACACCACUUUCCCGCGGAGAAAUCCAUGAUGCAGGAAAUAAUGUCGGAACAAACUAUAGUGAAAGACCAAAAAUUGCCUUACGAUGGAGUUGUAUUUUAUCACAAAGAGUCACACUAUUUUUUCGGAUAUACACCGCUAGUAGGGUGGCUAGCAUCGUACAUGUUACCUGAGCAACUAAAUAUAGAUGUACCUCCUGAGAAUAUGGCGCGGAAGCCCGCAGAUUACGAGAACAUGGAAAAAUACCUGGAGGAUUUGGAGAAACGGAAAAAGAAGAGACACAAAUCUUGGAGGAAGAAACAUAAUGUUGUAGAUGAAGAAAUGCUUUAAAGUUGUUGUUUGUACAUUGAAUGUUUUAAUGUAAACUUGUGAAUGUUUUGUUAAUGCUUGAGUCAUGUGGAACAUGUCAGCGUGUAUAUACAUUUAUGUUUUUUAAAAUUGUUUUUCGUUAGAAGAGUAGUAUACCCAAAUCUAGUCUUGAGAUGUUCUGAUGUAUGCCAGAAUACGUGUCUGUGUUAUGAUGGAACUAGUGUAGCAGCAAGUUCUAAUAAACGAUUUGUAUCUUGAGACAGUUCUCUGUAUUAAGUCUGGCCACUAAAUGGAACACAUGCUUAGCGGCAUGUGCUUGAAACUACCUACUUUAAAA